AUGAAACCAUCCCAGCCACCCGAAAAUACACUCGAAGCGCAUCCGAACCAUGGUAGAGACGCAACUAGCGUGAAUUGUAACCGCGAAAACGCCACAAGCAUCCUCGGACCACCGGAACCUACCCUACAAGCGCCCAACACCUUAGUGGAAAGCGCCGUGACUACUGUCAGUGGGAGACGUAGUCGGGUACCACUUUGGCAAUUAGAACUUCGAGAUCCCGGCAUGAGCGGUCACCCUCCUCGGAGAGAUGUGGAAAAGUUCCGAGGCCAAAGCAUGAAAGAAUUUGAAAACUUUGUUACAGCUGCUAUCGCUUUCCAUGCCAGUGAUCUUGAUUAUUACAACGAACACGACCAUCGGAAGGUCAUCGAAGCCGUCACUCAUUUCAAUGUCGAGAUGCAACAACGUUGGUAUCAACAUACACAUGAUAUGCGGAUUUUGCCACCAUGGGAAGAAUUUGUUAGCUGGAUGCAAUGUCAAGUCACCGAUCCAGAUAAAAGUUUCCGAGAUGCAGAUAGACAGUACUGGAAAACAGAGCAACAAGAAGAUCAGACAGUUCAACAAUUUGCUUCACAUUUACAAUCAAUUGAAGGGCGUCUGCGGCAUCCUUAUAGCGAAUACCAUCGGAAAUCACACCUCUACAUGAAAGUUCUACCUUCCAUUCGCCGAGAAUUUGACAAAUAUGCAACCAAACUAGAAGAGUUAAGCUAUGAUGCCACUCUUCACAAACUUGCAAUGGCAGAAUCAAAUCUGCCAGAAAGACGGAAGAAACUUAAAGAGAAGUCAAACUUCAGAAACCCUACUCAAAGCUUUAACAACAGAAAUAAUGCUGAACACAAAGGACUCAAAAAACGCUUAAAGCGCGCCAUUCAGCUCGCAAUGGCAACUAUAAGCGCGGAAAGUCGAUGCAAAAAUGCCUUAAGUUUCAAUGUCACAGUGGAAAUCACUACGCCUAAGAGUCUGCAAAAAGUGCUUGCACUAGUAGACUCUGGGUCAGAAGUGAACUGUGUCGAUGAAUUUUGGGCAAAAGACCACAAUCUAGAAGCUGCUCACCGCAAAACCAAGAUGGUCAAAUCGAUUGAUGGAUGCAUAAUGCGCUCCUUUGGAGAGUAUAACAUUGCAACCACUGUCACUGAUCACAAGGGUAAUGCACAGCAGACAUCUCAUUCCUUCCAUGCGAUGAAAAUGAAGGACUACAAUCUUGUGUUAGGAUUUCCUUGGUUAAAACAAACAAAUCCUCUUAUAGAUUGGUCAGAUGGACAAUUCUUCUUUAGAAGCUCUGGAGAUGAACAACAGCCUCAAAUUAUUUCUGAACAAGAUGUUUUAGCUGAAGUUCUCACCGGAGCCAGAGUAGGAAUGCUUGUAGUAUUACCUACAGAAUGUUCAAAAGACCCAAAGCAUGCUCCACGCGUAUUCUCGGCUGCAUAUUCGGACUUGCCGACCGGCCUACCCGAUUAUGUUAUGCCAUACGCGCAUAUCUUCUCAGAAGAAGCUGCUAUAAGCGCGCAAAGACCAGAAGAGGCGGAACACCGCAUAGAUCUCGAGCCUGGUGCGCGACCUCCAUUCAUGCCGAUAUACAACCUCUCUGAAACUGAGUUAGCUGCCCUAAGAGAAUAUUUAAAGAAUGCAUUAGACAAAGGGUGGAUACAACCGUCCAGUAACCCGGCUGGUGCACCAAUUCUCUUUGUCCCCAAGAAAGAUGGUGGACUCCGUCUUUGUGUAGACUAUCGAGGGUUAAAUCGAAUCACCAUCAAGAACCGAUACCCUCUACCUCUAAUAAGUGAAUUACUUGACAGGCUCUCAAAAGCCAAGGUAUUCACUAAGCUGGACCUUCGAGAUGCCUACCACCGCAUACUUAUAGCGGCAAAAGACCGUUGGAAGACAGCCUUUAGAACGAGAUAUGGAUGUCAAAUGGCAAUGCGAUAG